AUGGACGGCCCCAGCUGGCUGGGCGCUGCGCUCUUCUUUGGGGUGCAGCUGCGAGCGCUGUGGCCUGUGGCAGCCAUGGAGGUUCACACUUCCAAGGAGGUGAACGCUGUGAACGGCACCAACCUGCGGUUGAAAUGCACCUUUUCCAGCACCAGCCCUAUCAGCCAGCACCUGUCGGUGACCUGGAACUUCCAGCCCGAGGACCUGAGCUCUCAUGAACCGGUGUUUUACUACCUGAAGGAGCCCUACAAGCUGACUGCUGGGCGGUUCAGAGACCGAGUCACCUGGGAUGGCAACAUUGAGCGUCACGACGUUUCCAUCGUUAUCUGGAACCUGCAGCCCACGGACAACGGGACGUUCACCUGCCAGGUGAAGAACCCGCCAGACGUGGAUGGCACUAUCGGUGAAGUGCGGCUCCGCGUUGUGCAGAAAGUGCAUUUCUCAGAAAUCCACUUCCUGCUGGUGGCCAUUGGCUCUGCCUGUGUUCUGAUGAUCACUGUGGUGACUGUUGUGAUCCUCUGUCGGCACCGUCGGAAGAAAGCUCAGGAGAAGAGGAUCGAGGGGGCAGAUGAGGAGCUUAAAGAAAAGGAGAAGCUGAAGAUUACGGAAGAAAAGGAAGCCAGUCCACUGGAAGACUAG